GCCCUCGCUCGCGAGUCUUUAGAGCGCACACGCUACAUCCCCUGGUCGCUUAAUCCUGGGUACCGGCUCCCGGCGCAGCCAGCCACGAGUCUCCCCACCCGCAGGCUACAUUUCAUUGCUCUGUGAAAGUGUCCACUCUUGUCUGGGAAUUCACACAAGGUCAGUUUACCUGAAGAAGACAUCAUUGUUCUCUUGGAUCAACUACUCUCAUGUCAUUGCAAAAAGAUGAGGAUGUUUAAUGUCUUUAUAUUCACAUCCUUCUGUCAUUUGCUGAACGCCUUUAGUAUCACUGUUCCCAAGGACCUGUAUGUAGUUGAACAUGGCAGCAAUGUGACAAUCGAAUGCAAAUUCCCAGUAGAAAAACAACUAGACUUGGGUUCAUUAGUUGUCUACUGGGGAAAGGAGGAUGAGGAAAUUAUUCAGUUUGUGCAUGGGAAAGAAGACCUGAAGGUUCAGCACAGUAGCUACAGGCAGAGGGCCUGGCUGUUGAAAGACCAGCUCUACCAGGGAAAUGCUGUCCUUCAGAUCACCAAUGUGAAAUUGCAGGAUGCUGGGGUUUACUGCUGCAUGAUCAGCUAUGGUGGUGCAGACUACAAGUGGAUUACCUUGAAAGUCAAUGCACCAUACCGAGAGAUCAGCCAAAGAAUUUCUAUGGAUCCAGUCACCUCGGAAUAUGAACUAACAUGUCAGGCUGAGGGCUACCCUGAGGCUGAAGUCAUCUGGACAAGCAGUGACCACCAAAUCCUGAGUGCUAAAACCACCAUCACCAAAUCCCAGAGCGAAGAGAAGUUUUUCAAUGUGACCAGCACACUAAGAAUCAACACAACAGCUAAUGAGAUUUUCUACUGUACUUUUAAGAGAUUAAGUUUCACAGAAAACAAUACCGCUGAAUUGGUCAUCCCAGAACCAUCUACAUUACUUCAAAGGACUCACUUUGUGAAGCUAGGAGCUGUACUGUUUUGCUUUGGUGCAGCAUUGACAAUCCUGAUCUGCUUAAGAAAAAAUGUGAGAAUGCUAGAUGUGGAGAAUGGUGGCAUCCAAGAUAUAAACUCAAGGAAGCAAAAUGAUACACAGUUUGAAGAGACGUAACCAGCAUUGAAAAUUACAUUUUUCAAGCAGGGAUUCUUGGCCUGUUGUUUGGGAGUUCAUGGAUGAAAGGGCCUAUGGGAUGCUGCUGAUGAUGUUGGAAUUAAAAGGCCCAAAUAUUGAAAAUGGAACCUGGGGAAAGAAGAGGAGAACAAAGAAAGAUGGGAGUAGAAAGGGGAGCCUGGAAGGAAACCUGGGCAUUUCAACAUAAGCUGAGAGACUUGUUAGUGCAUGUAAAAGGGACAAAGAACACUUCUGAAUGAGGGUCUCCAAGCAAACCAUCCAUCACUCAUGCUAGGAAAGUGGGUUGAGGAUCCCUGAUUUCAUGGAUGUUCUUGCAGAAGUGCCCUUUGCCUCUCCUUGUCUUCUCCACCUCCUCGUGUUGCAACGGUGUUGAAGAAUGAGUUGUUUCUAUUUAUUUUCAGUCUGAGGGGGUCUUGUCAUAUGACUGUGGUUAUGAAUGAUUUCUUUUGAAGACAUUCUAGAGUAGAAGUCAAAAUUUUGUCACCAAACUCUAUACUUAACUGCUUGUUUGUGUUCAGUGAAAUAUCUAGUAUUUGUUAGAUACUAGUAUUCUCUGUAACUGACAUUACAAAUUGGAAGCAUAGAAAAUAAGCCAUUGGUUUGUAUAGGAUUUGACCUUAUAUAACUUAUUGAUAUUUUGUUUGACUUGACUAAUCCUAUUCUCAGACCUCAGGGGUCUGCUGCAAAAUCUGUUCUCUUUAAAUAUCAGAUUUAUAACUGUGUGGUACUAUACACACAUGAUCUCAUAUAUUCCUGUCAUCACAACCACUAUUAUAUCCAUUUCGCAGCUGAGGAAGCAAAGAGAUUAAGUAGCUUGUACACAGCAGUAAAUAGCAGUAUUCAGAUUUCCUCAAUUUAUCUGCUGUCCUUUUGGAAUACAAUUUACAUCUCUAUUUUAAGAAAUAUGUUUAUUUAAAAAGUGUUUAAAUAUCUUUGUAUGUUACAUGUGCCUUGCAUUGGGCCAGGCAUUGAGUCUACAGAAGUGAGCAAGACAAAAUAUCAGUUACAUAAACAUUAUAAUAAAGCAAUUUUUAGAUUAUAGGAAGUCAGUAUUUUUUUUAAAAAAACUGUGGAAAAUAACUCUGGAAUUCCUUUUCUAGCAUUAUAUUUAUCCCUGAUAUGACUUUACCAUACUUCUCUAUGUAGUGUGUGGUAUUUUUAGCACCUUCUUUUCAUUUUUUCUCCAUUUAUGCUUAUUUUAUGUUUGCACAAAGUGAUGCCCAUGGGUUCUCAGGUUACAGUGAGUCAUUCCAGAGUCAAUUCAGCAUUGAAGGGCAGAGUUGUUUUGUUGUUGUUGUUGUUGUUGUUGUUGUUUGGUUUGGUUUGGUUUUCUACUGAGGAUUGAACACGGGGCCCUGCAAGCUCUCUAUCUCUGAUCUGAUCUGCAUCCUCAGCCUUUUUUAUUUUGAAACAGAGUCUUGCUAAGUUGCAGAGAAUGGCCUCCAACUUGCAAUCCUCCUGUGUUUGCUACCUGUGUGGUUGGAAUUACAGGUAUGUACCAUUGUACCUAGCAAUGGCCUUAUUAUUAACUCUGUAUGCAAGAAACAAGUCAAAAACUUUUAAAAUAUGUUUUCUUUUUUUUUUUAUACCAAGGAUUGAAAUCAGGA